GCGUCGGCCGGGCGAGUGCGACUUUAGGAGCAGCCACACCUCCAGGGGACAACCCCCGCCAUCCUCCCUGUUCCGCUUCGCAUCAUGAGCCCCGGCAAGAGAACCGACAUGCUUCCGGAGAUCGCCGCCGCCGUGGGCUUCCUCUCCAGCCUGCUGAGGACCCGGGGCUGCGUGAGCGAGCAGAGACUCAAGGUGUUCCGCGGGGCGCUCCAGGACGCACUCACAGAGCACUACAAACACCACUGGUUUCCAGAAAAGCCAUCCAAGGGCUCCGGUUACCGCUGCAUCCGCAUCAACCACAAGAUGGAUCCCAUCAUCAGCAAGGUGGCCAGCCAGAUUGGACUCAGCCAGCCCCAGCUGCACCAGCUACUGCCCAGCGAGCUGACCCUGUGGGUAGACCCCUAUGAGGUGUCCUACCGCAUUGGGGAGGAUGGCUCCAUCUGUGUCCUCUAUGAGGAGGCUCCGAUGGCCACCACCUAUGGGCUCCUCACCUGCAAGAACCAAAUGAUGCUGGGCAGGAGCAGCCCCUCGAAGAACUACGUGAUGGCAGUCUCCAGCUAGAUCAUGGCUGCCCCCAGCCCUGGCAUUCUACUGUACUCAUGCUGCCGUGACAACGGGCCAUCGUAUACCUCAACCUGGGGAACUGUAUUUUUAAAUGAAGAGCUAUUUAUAUAUAUACACAUAUAUAUUAUUUUUUUUAAGAAAAGAGGAGGAAAAAAACCAAAAGAUUUUUUUUUUUAAGGAAAAAAAAAAAUCCUUUAAGGGAGCUGCAUGAAAGUGGCCUCCUCAGGUGCCUUUGGAGAGAACUGUUACUGAGUCUGUGAGCCAGUGUCUGCCCAGGAGAGUGGUUAGGGGUCAGCCUAGCCAAGGUGAAGAGGGAAACUUGGCUGGCAUCCCAGGAAGUGGUGAGGGGGAGCAAGCAAAGUUAGCAACUGUGAAUGAGAGAAGUCAGGAUCUGCCCUGGAGCACAAAGGCAGGGCACUGUUGCAGUUAGGAUACCUGUAUGCCUUGGCGUCUCUCUUACUCAGGGGCAUUCAAGCCUGGACUUAAAUAAUACUAUGUUGUCCUAUCUUGUUUUUCUGAUAAGAUCCUGGUCAGAGUGAAAAGACCUCUCCUUAGUCCUCUAAGCAGAUUUUCUUGAAAUCAUGUCUCAUUUCUGUUUCUAUCCUUGGGGGCCUGUUGAGGUUGCUUCUGAGCCAGGACUAAGGGAGUGGGGUGUAAGGCAGGUACCUGAAAACUUUGGGGCUAGGAUGGAAGGGAAUUGCACAAACCCUUUGCUUUGCUCUGUGCUGCUUUGCUGUGUGUGGCAAAUAAUUUGGGGAGAUUUGCAAUGGAAUUUUGGGACCCAAAGAGUAUCCACUGGGGAUGGUUUUGGCCUAAACCCUUCUUUUGGGAACUACAUGAAAGUCCUGAUGCUGCUACCAUUAUUCCUUUGAAAGGUGGCUCAAGAGCUCCAGGGAGCUCUGGGUCCUUUUUUACUGCCUUCUUUUCAAGAGCACAGCUCCUCUCCAGCCCUCUCCUCCUAUGUCCCCUCUGGGUGGGUCCUGGAACAGCCCUUUUACCUAGGACAAGAGUUCUCAACCACUGUGCAAUACCCCUCAGGGUCCCAGUCCCUCCUGUUGCCCUGCUGGGUUUUGGCACCCAUCUCUCCCUCUCUCCUGGGGGUUCUGGUGGGCCUCACAGAUGUCCUGAGCUGCAGGGCCAGUACCCAGCAUGCUUUGCAGGACUACUUGGCAUUCUUGAAGGCUGACACUAAAAGCCAACCCUUGGGCACUGCUUUUUCUCCCUGGUGCUCAGAGCACCUUUGGGGGAGGUUGCUGACUCUCAGUAAAAUCCAAAUUUGUCUAUAGACUUGUGCAAUAUUUACGGUUCUGGGUUGGAGGAAAAUGGAAAAUACCAGGAAGAAAUCACUUUCCUUUAGGUUCCAAGUGACACUGAUGAAGGGGCCUCGGAAGGCUGUGAGUCUCCCAAGCCAAAGGCUGGAGCUGGAGCAGCUGGUCACCUUGGCUUGCUUUCUGCUGCUGCAGGGGAUCCCCUCACACCCCACUCCUCUAAGCUGUGUUCCCGUCUUUGCCAUGCCCCCCCCCCUUCCUGGAUUUCUUAAUCCUCAGUUUUGAUUCAAAGGUGCUAUUUACCAAACACUCCCUACCCAUCCUGCUUUUCCACCCCAGCUUCCCAGAGCCUUCCCAGGCCCUCCUUUGUCUCUCGUGCUUUAAAGCUAACUCUUAGCUCACAGGCCCAAGAGCUAUUGGCCUGGUCUGUGGGUUGAAACAAAGCUGUGAAUCGCUGCAGAUGGCUCUUGCAUCUUGUCCACACACAGGUUCCUGUCUUUUUAGAAGCAGCCUCAUGGUCUCGUGCUUAAUCCCUUCUCUCCUUGUUGAUGUUCACUUUAAAAACAACAAAACUCCCAGAGCUGGACUGUUGAGCAGGCCUGUCUCUCCUAUUAAGUAAAAAUAAUAGUUUGUAAGCUAUUCUGACAGAAAAGACAAAGGUUACUAACUGUAUAAUAGCAUUUUUAUACGGAAGAAUGUGCAGCUUUAUGGACUAGUGUACACUUUUGUUACUUUAAUAAAAACGUAGCAGAUAAA